AAAGGGAUUCUCUUCUCUUUUUCAAUAUAUGCAUGUAAGAGAAUGCCCAUGCCCACCAUCUUAAUGCCCAUAAUGGCACAGGGCAAAGUGUGCACUAUUCACAUCCGGGCAUAAAACUUUCACUUAGGUUAUAGCAUAGCUUGUGUAUAGUUGCAAACACAAUAUUUUACUGGGCAAAAAUUAACAUGGUCACUUAAUGGUCAAACAGAUUUUUUUGUACUCAGCACAUUGCCCACAUAUAUAAAUGAGCCCUUGUGUGUUUGUUUAAUAUUCUGCCUGUCAUUUAAUAUUCUGCGUGUCUUCACCUUUACAGAACUAUUCCGAUUUUGAACCUAUAUUUGUGAAGAUUCAUGAAAUAACUGAUGUGCUGGAGCCUCCGGUGGAGUUCAUUGCCACUGUAGAGAUGCCCGACCACCCGGUGCCAUUAAUGGGUAAGUGUGAUCAUAAAGAGACUAAUAUGCACCUGUAAUGUUUAUACUAUGAGUUCCUGGCUCAUUCACUAUUAAUAUUUUUGGUAAAACAAUAAGAAAUGGGGUGACAUUAUAUAUAACAACCAGGUUUAGCAUUCACUAAUCUUUCUUAUCUAUUGAGUAAUAUCUUUCAUAGCUCAAUACUCUUAUCCAUUUAUGGGAAUAUUAUAGUCUAUUAUUUCCUGAUUAUACAUAUUUUUUGGGGGGGUCCUGGUUACAAUAACAAUCACAGGGUACAGUGCUAAUGAUGCCAUGUUGUUUGUUAUAGAUUCUCCUGAAGUGAUUGAGCCUCCUGAUGUUGGAAUGUCUCACACUGUUGGACAAAUGAUCCUAGAACAGGAGGAGGGUGGAUUUGAGUCAGAAGAGGACACGGUGGCAAACUUCACUGUCACCUCCUUUAGUGUCCCCUCAGCUGUAAGUACAUUCCAUGUAUUCUUUAGAAAUGUUUCACAUAUAUAUCAGUCUUUUUAUGAUAUAUAAUUCCCUUUGUUCUGUAACAGUAUGAAGAAGCUUCCAAUGGCUCAGAGUCAGUCGCUGAGCUACUAGGCGCAGAAGGACCCUCUGAUAGCGCCAUGCCCAGAUCUCUGGAAAACUUCAAUCUGGGAAAAGUAUUGGGUGAAGGCACCUUUGGAAAGGUGUUCCUGGCAGAGUACAAGGACACAAAACAACUGUGUGCCAUAAAGACCCUCAAGAAAGAGAGGAUUAUUGCCAAGAAUGAUAUCAAGAGUGUAUUCAAGGAGAAGCGAAUCCUUCAGAAGGUUACCAGCGCAGAGCACCCAUUCCUGGUUUCCUUAUACGCCACAUUCCAGAGUGAGAAUCACCUCUUUUUUGUUAUGGAAUAUCUUCCUGGAGGUGAUCUGUGCCAUCUGCUCGAGCAUCAAGGAGCAUUUGAGGAAUCAAAAGCCAUGUUUUACACUGCCUGUAUAGUGCUCGGCCUGGAGGAAUUGCACCGGAACAAUAUUGUUCAUAGAGAUCUGAAACUGGAAAAUCUAAUGGUGGAUGUACAUGGCUAUCUGAAAAUUGUGGAUUUUGGCCUGAGCAAAGAUGGUUUCAGAUAUGGAGAUCGCAGUAAGACCCGGUGCGGAACAAACUGCUACAUGGCCCCAGAGAUCAUUGAUGAGAUGGCAUACAGCAGGGCCGUUGACUGGUGGGCCCUUGGGGUUGUGUUAUAUGUCAUGAUCAUGUUCCAGUUCCCAUUUGAUGCAGAAGAUGACAUGGAAUUAUUUGAGAGCAUCAGGAAUGACAAACCUGCCCUGACAGAGGAAUUGUCAGAGGAAGCUCAGUGCCUAAUACUAAGAUUACUGGAGAAGAAUCCAUGUGAUCGCCUCGGAUACAGCGAGGCCGGUGCUGAAGAGGUUAAAGCCCAUGAAUUCUUUGAAGAUAUUGAUUGGGAAGAAUUUCUUGAAAGAGAACUGAUGCCUCCAUUUAAACCAGAUGUCAGUGGCCUUACAGAGAGUACCAGGCAAUCUGAAUGCCAAGCCUGGGGAUUAAUGCCACCAGCUGAAGCGAUAUCACCAGAGGCACAAGAGCUGUUUGAAGGAUUUGACUAUUCAGCUGAGUGAGAGGCAAUUGCAAGGGGCAGAUAUAUGGCUGGAAAGGGCGGGUGGUGGGCCAGUCCAUAUACAAAUCAGAAGCCUCAAUGACUUAAAGUUAAUAUUAGAUGCCCCAAGUCAUCAGUUUCUGAAGGAACAGUCUAAUGGCAGCACCAAAGUAUCUGUACGUCAGCCUUAAGGGGCAGAGUUCUGGAUUGAGAUUCAAAAGAGACCCUGGCAUUUCAAGUACAGAGAUCCGAACAGCCCCUUGUGGCAUUUGCCAGAAUCUACAGAUUGCCACUCUGGGCCUGCCCCAGAUACACAUGAGAAGCCUCAUUGGUACAAAAUGGAUAUCAGAUUCCCCGACAUCAAGUUGUGGAGGAACAGCCUAAUGGUGGAACAACAGUACCUGCAGGUGAGCCCACGUUCUUACAGAUAAACCCUUUAUAAGUUCAGUUACUAAAAGCCAUUAGUAAAUUUUAUGUACGUAUUAAAUAAAAAAAAAUAAUUGCGCCAUUUUAAAAGUUCCAAAUGUUUCCACAGCAAAACUUGCAGUUUACUACACAAACGUCUCCAUCUGCAUCAGCCAAAAAAGGUCUAGUACCAAGGUAAGAACCAACUCUUUCAUUUCACACCCAAUAUUUCAAGUCAAAAUGUAUUUUCAUAUUGGACCAACUUGUAUCUCAGGUUUAAUGGGCGUUUAGAUGAAAUUGCUGCUGUGUUUCUGUUUCUCAGGAGUGAGAUGGAGGCGACUGCGGUCAAAGGAAAUCUUAUCGAGUUCUCCCCUGCGCUCUCCUAGGAACCCAGGAUAGGAAGGAGCUGCUCUCAUAUAUUUCAAGUUUUUCAAAAUACAUUUUCUAUUAGAUCAACCUGGGUUAUAAUUAAAGGGGAACUACUGUGAAAAUGGAAAUUUAAUAUAAGCUUUAUCUCAUGGAAAUUACCAAGUUACACUGCACUCUCUCUUUCUCUGCAAUCUGCCUCUCUAUAGGAAAACUUUGUGUCGUUAUUUUGAUAGACAGCUCUGAUACACUGUCUGGGCAAAGGGAGCAUGUACCAUGAGGUAUUAGAGCUAAAUGUCUAUCAAACUCUGACUCUGACUCCUGCAUGGAAAGAGACAGAUUGCUGAGAGGGGGAUAGAGAAGAGGAAUUUGAUUUGUCAGAAACUGUAACUGAUUUUAUUGAUUAUACUUAUACAGUUUCUUAUUACAAGGAGUUAAAGCUGAUAUUACAUUUUCACAGUAGUUCCCCUUAAUGACCAUUUAUAUCUAAUUAUUUCUGUUUAUUUUCCAGGUAUGGGACGGAGCAGCUGCAAGGAAAGGAAAUCUCAUUUAACCCCCUACUGAGCUCUCUGAGGAACCUCGGCCAGGAAGAAGCCAUUGCUGCCGAGCUCCACCAGGCGUCUCAUCUGCAACCCCAUCCAGAAAUGGGGAGAAAUGACAGGAUGAGCUGAAGAGCCAUGCCACCGGAUAAAAACGAUGGUCUGCCAUUUCUGGGCAAUUCUGCAUUCAAAAGUUAUGGUUUAUGGUGGCCGCCCCUAUCCUGAUGGACCUGGCUAAAUGCCACUUUUGCCUAGUUAUUAAGCCUAACUUUAUGUAUGACACUAGAAGAACAAUGUAAAUAUAUGAAAAUAAAACAUGCUAUUUUUGAA